AUGGAUAUGCACGGGGCUUAUGCAUAUGGCUCGGGCUCAUAUGGUGCCAGGGGAGGCGUUGUGAUCGCCGGCGACCGCGGUGGGGUCGCAGGCGCCGAGGUCGAUCCAUGUGGUGAAUGCUUUUUUGAAGCUGACCCUGCCACUUUGCAAACCGAAGAGAAAUGGGUCUAUGUGGGUGAUGGACGCGGGAGCUAUGCUCAGGCUACUCAAAUGCAGAUGGUGGGCCAUGGACAGGGCUCGUUCGAGAAGCAGACACAUGCUCAAGUGACAGGUUACAGGUGCCGUGCUUGCUGUGUGGCGCUGGGUUGCUUCCUUUUCAUCCUUGCUCUUCUUCUACCCAUUGGUUUUGCCAACAACUGGUGGAUGACUUCCUUUGACGCGCCGAAUCAGUGCAUGACAACCUACUCACCUGCCUUCAUGGCACGGACAGAUGCAGGCGCCGUGUCUAUUCGCCAGACUUGUUGUGCCCAGGGGUAUGCUCACUUUUGUGUGGCUGCGGUUGCUCCAAGGCCUCAGACACUUGUGGUGCAUGAUCAGUACUACACUCAGGUGAAGGACGUGCCGGUUCCCCACACCGUGCCGGUGCCUAUUCCUGCUCCACCACGCAAAGUGAUCACACACAAAUUGAUGGUGCACACACAUGCCUACGAUUGUGACUCAGGCCUGACCGACUACAAGCAUACGUGGACCCCAAAGAAGCAGCGCUACUGCUGCUACCUGCGGCACAUUGCUUGCCACACCAAGGUGACUUACAGACCCCAUUACCACACCAUCACGAAGGUCAAGCACAUCACAGUACCCGUUCAUGUGCCUAUCCCAGCACCUCCAGCUGCGGUCGUCAACAAGGUGGUGAAUGUGCCGAUCCAUGAUCCACCAAAGGUCAUCAAAGUGCCGGUGCCUGGCAAACCUCAUGUGGUCCCAAAGUAUUUGCACAAGAAGGUGCCGGUGCCUGUGCCGCAGCCUACUCCACCGAAGUAUCACACUGUGCGUGUGCCUGUGAAGAUCAGAGACCCCGGAAAAACCAUCAAGGUGCCAGUCCAGAUGCCACCAAGAACCAUAGUGAAGAAUCGAGUCAUUUACAAGACCCGUCAUGUGAAGGUUCAACACAUCUAUGACUGCAAUGCAGGCUACAGCAAUUGGCAUUCGGGUUGGUCUUCGGCCAAGAAGUCCUGGUGCUGCAGUCACGAGAGCAAAGGGUGCCCAGGCGACCACUCAGGUCACCUUACAAAGACAGUUGUCACGCAUGUCACAUCGCACAUGGGACCUGAGUACUACAGUCAUCACUACAGCACCGGUCAUACCACGGGUCACUACCACUACCACUCCUAUCACUCAAGCCCUGCGACCGUUGUCCACCAUGUUCACCACUACCACUACGGGUCUGUUGGCAAUGCGGGCUACCACAGUGGAACAACUGGAUAUCACAGCGGCGCCACUGGGUACCACAGCGGAACCACUGGGUACCACGGUGGAACCACUGUUGUUCAUCAUCAUCACUACUACCAUGCACGUCGACUGCAAGAAGCUAACGCGACAGAAGUGGUGGACGGUGGCAAGAGGAGCAUGCGAGAUGCUUGA